UGUUGAAGAAAAAACAACUCAUUACAACCUCCUCAGAGCCCGUGAGGACUACAAGCGCGGUAUAGCGCUUCUAUAAACAUCUGCCUACCUAAGGCUUCCUUGGCCCCUACCGUCACCGUGGAUCUCACUUUCCUCCUCAAGGCUCCCGACUCGGAUGAGUCUUCCCCUUCUCCUCCCGAGUACAACGAGUACAAUCGAUUAUCAGUGCGGUCUUCGUCUAUCGCAACCACGGCGACUAUAACUUCGGUACCUGUCGGCGGGUUACCCUUCUAUUAUACUUCAGAACCGCAAGGGCCAGGACUGGUUUCAGCAGGGAGUUCGUCUAAAAAGCGCAGCAUGUCGCCACACGCUUCGGAGUCCCCUGCCAGGAGGCAAAGUAAAUGGUCUACUGAGGAAGAUGCCCUAAUCAUUGAACUCCGGGGAAGUGGGCUUAAAUGGGAUGAUAUCUCCAAGAAGCUACCGGGAAGAAGCGCCAUCAGCUGCCGGCUGCAUUAUCAGAACUACCUCGAAAAGCGGAGCGAGUGGGAUGAAGAGCGUAAAAAUAAGCUAGCAAGACUUUAUGAAAGGUUCAAAUCCGAGAUGUGGGCUAAAGUUGCAGAAGAGAUGUCGAUGCCGUGGCGGGCUGCAGAGGCAAUGCACUGGCAACUCGGAGAACAGGAUAUGCGACGUCGUGCAGGAGUGACGGUGCCCUUUGCUCUCGCAACGUCGACGUCAGAAGGACCUCGCGGUAGCUCUAGGGCACAUUCACGACACAGUCAUUCACAUUCGCAAGGUAAUCUUUCUCGCGAUGCGGGACCCGGACGAGGCUACGGUCGUGCAGGGACGGCGCCACCAGGUCGGCCUCUCGCGUCGAGAAGAGAAAGCGUACCGCCACGCGUUCCUAUAUAUCCUGAACAACCGUCCGAUAAUUUUGUAUAUCCGCACCAUGGAGUUCCUCUCGCCCCGAUACAAACGCAAAACCAACCACCGCGACCAGCCAUGUUACCCGGAGUCGCUGAGCUUACGACGGGAAUCAGCCCUUAUAGUACACCGGCAUACUCUCUCCCCCCUCCCAACACAAGUCCUGCCCUCAGCACCGCUUCAAGUCCAAACGGAUUGUAUAUGACACCUCUAGGCUAUCCGCCCCUAGAGUCAACCAACCCAAAACGUCGUAGGGGUUCAGAGGUCAACAGCUUCUCUCCCGACUUGAAUAGGCGAAGGCAUCAUCACUUAGACUCGCGGCCGGAACCUUACGAUAUUACAAAUAUCCCACGGCACGAACGUGGGCACUAGACAGAGACCAAAAAAGAAAAGAAAAAAGAAAAAAGAAAAAGAUAAAUCACAAGAUUUACGUAGAUACCUACCUAUUCCUGUUUAUUGGACUCCCAUCUUGGGUCUUGAAUUAGGGAUCGAUCCCUUUACCUAUUUAUUUAUGAUUGCUACGAAUACCGAGGAAACUAAAAUACAAAAGCACAAAAGAAAUAAAAAAACCAGAGAUGUAUUAAGGGUCGGAGCAGGCACUGUAUUGGAUUUGGAUUUGGAUUUGGAUUUGGUUCGGGGUUUUUUAACUACGGGGACAUACUUCUUCUUCUUCAUGUAUCGACAACAGCAACAGCAACAACAACAACAGGAAGCGAGGAAAAGCUUAAACAGGACAGAUAACUCGCAUUCACAUCCACAGAGACACAAAAGGUGCAAUGGGUAGGUAGUAGGUACUACCUAACGGGCGGACCGGUUGGGAUUCGGGGCGGUGGGUGGAUGGAAAAAGAGCUGGAUGUUGCUCGUGUUGGUUGGUUGGUGGUAAUAGGUGGUGGAUAUAUCUACCUACCUACCAGAUUUGCCUUCCUUUUUCUUUUCUUCCCUUUUCUAACUAUCGGA